AUGUUUCGUUGUUCGUUGUUUGGAAUUUUGGGGCUUCUCGUCAUGUCUUCUUCCGUCAGCGCUAGCGAUUAUGCUGAUGAUGCUGAUGGUGAAGUGGAAGAAGAGAUUGAAGAAAUCAGUCAAGAACAGGACAGCGCGAACAUUGCAGCUUCUGAAACAGAGUCAAAACAAGAAGAAGAAGCACCGAAAAUUGGACCGUCGCCUGAUGUCUUCUUGGUUCAUCUAUUUAUACAACCUGAAAAUUCAAAAGGUCAGGACUUCUGUGAUUUAGAAUUCCCUGGAGGCAAGCCGGUCAAAUUUUUGUUUGGAGCGCAGAAUCGAGGAGAGCGCGAUUUCAUAUUUUCUUCUUGUGAGGCUUCUUUUCGCUAUCCUCAAGAUUUCAAGUAUCGCAUUCAAAAUUUUACUAAGAUGCUGUAUAAUCGAGUAGUCGCACCAAAACAAGAGGCAACAUUCGAUUAUGCUUUUUUCGCAUCAGAACAAUAUGCAGGACGCCCAGUUGGUCUUGUUGUUGAAUUAAAUUAUGAAGAUUCCGAGGGAACCUCAUUUGUCAGCACAAUUUUCAAUGAAACUGUAGUGAUCACUGAAGAUGACACAAGUUUCAAUACUGAAACAGGAUUUCUUUAUAUAAUCUUCGCUGCCGUGGUAGUUCUAACAUUACUUGCUGGUCAACACUUUUUGUCGAAACUUACACGUAAACAUGGUAUGGCAAAGACCAAACAUUCUCAGUACAUUGAAAUGGGAACAAAUAAGAAUGAAGUUGACUUCGAGUGGAUUCCUCGAGAAGUUAUCAAACAAUCAAAAUCUCCAAAAACGGCAACUGCACGUCCACGUAAAGCACUCCGUGCUGAGUGA